AUGCCGAAAGUUGUCAUUCUAGUCACUGCAGCUCCCGAUCUCAACGGCCACAAGACCGGUCUGUGGCUGGAAGAAUGCGCCGCACCUUAUUACAUCUUCAAAGACAAGGGCUACGAAGUUGUCCUUGCGUCCCCAAGUGCGGGGCCCGUACCGAUUGACCAAGUUUCCGUCUCUGACGAUUUUUUCACAGACGAUUCGAAGAAGUUCCUGCACGAUGCGGAGGCAGUAGGGGCGCUGAGUCACUCGGUUGAAUUGGGCAGUAUUGACAUGUCUACCGUCGACUGUAUCUAUCUCGCUGGGGGGCACGGAGCUUGUGUUGAUUUUAUCAACAAUCCCAGCGUCACCAAAGCAGUUCAAGCGAUAUAUGCAGCGAAUAAAACGGUUGCUUCGGUGUGUCACGGGGUGAUUGCGCUUGCUGAUUGCCACCAGCUCGACGGAACGCCUCUCGUCAAGGGGCGAAAAGUGACGGGAUUCUCUAAUUCCGAAGAAGAAGCAGUCGAACUGACGGAGGUGGUUCCGUACUUGUUGGAAAGUAAGCUGAAAGAACAAGGAUGCGAAUACGAAAAAGGCGAGAAUUGGUCUUCUAAGGUGUGUGUAGAUGGCAACUUGAUCACUGGGCAGAAUCCGCAGAGCUCUGCUGAGGUGGCCAGGACCAUUGUUGAGAUUCUUGGAUAA